AUGAAAAUUCAAUUUAAAUUAACACAAAUUGCAUUGUUUGCUUUAUCAUUAUAUUUAUUCAUUGCAUUCUUGGAGGGUGCCAAACUGUGGUUGCCUGAGAAUGUCUAUACUUUGGCAUCGACCUAUAUGGACGCUGUAAACAUCGAUAUAGUGCUUUGGUUGUUAUCGUUGCUGGUGUUUGUCUGUGCCUGGAAUAUCUGUGGUGUCUCCAAGACGUUCUCACGUAUCCUGCUGGUUGUGCUGCUGGCACGUGUUACACUGUCGCUCGUUUCGAUCCUGCCGGACUAUCUCUAUAGAAACGUCGUUCAGCUGAACCCAGCCUACUUCAAUGUCUACGCUCCACACUACGAGCGAUUCAAUACCACACCACAGAUCCUCGCUAUCCAAGCGGCGUUCGGUCUCUUCUUCAUUACACUCUCCAUCAACUCGAAGCUGGCCGACCGCUUCUGGAUGACAAAGACCAUCAUCAUCGAUUGGGUGUUGGUUAUCGUUGCGCUGGUUGUCACAUCGAUCAUGGAUCUCGUUGGCAAGUCAAACUACUUCUUUGUCGUCUUGGCAUACACUCUUGGCGCCAACGUAUUCGGCUACGCAAUCAUGAAAUUCAUCGAAAUGCAAUGGGCAAUCAACAAUCAAUAUCUAAAUAUCUCAAAUAAUGUUGUUUUCGAUACCGACGCAACCGUUGUUGUAAACAAAGAUCAUCUUUCUUCAGAAGCAACAGAAACAUCACCAUCACCGUUCGUCGAUGAUACGGACUAUAGCAAACUAUCAGAGGAUCAAUUGAAUGAGAUUUUGUCAGCACCAUCACCGGAUCACAUGGAAGAACCCGAAGAUCCAUCAAAGGUGUUCAUCAACAAUCUCGUUGCACCAGUGUUUGUUCGCAGCCAAAUCCGAUCGAAAGAGAUCGUUUGUGCAACUCUCUUGUUUAUUUUCGUACUGUCGAACCGUCUCAUGGAACACCCAAGCUCGAUCAACGCAUGGAAGUUAGCCUCGCUUUUUGGCUUUACAUCGACAAUCCUUGCUUAUUUCUCGAGUAUAUCAACUAAAAGACCAACUUCAACAACAAAAUCAAAUAAUACAACAAUCACCACAUCACCACUACCAAGAGAAUGUUAA